GGCGCACUUGGAUUUCUCCAAAAACUGUUCCUAAUUUAAUGUUUCAGUUCCAAAGACCAAAUUCAAUUGUGUCCACUCUGUUACUCCCAAGCUUACCAUUUUUUACCCACAACACUCCGCAGCCCUCUUCAUUCCUCAUAACUCUGAACUACUCAUACACAUUCACAUGGCUGUUGACUUCUAAAUCACUUUUAAAGCACCAUGCUUGCCCCUGACUUCUCUCACUUCCACUCCUCUUCUGCUUCCAUCCAUGGCUAAACCCACUCUUCGCCACAAGGCUUCCCCCUGUCUCGCCCACGCUCUACGCUUCCUCACCGGCUCAUUCCUUGUUUUUCUGCUCCUCUGGACCCUUCCUUCAUUCCUUACUCCUUCUAUCAACCCCGCCACUAAUUUGGACUCCUCAAACACCAAGUUCAACUGCAUUGACCCUCCGUCAGAUGCGUCCUCUUCGCUAAAUUCUCAAAGCCAUCCAUCUCUGCCCUACGACCCACCGGAUAUUACCUUCUACGAUGACCCCAAACUCAGCUACUCCAUAGAGAAGCGGAUCGAGAAAUGGGACGAGAAGCGCCGUCACUGGCUGAAACGGCACCCUUCGUUCGCCACCGGAGCCGGCGAGAGGGUGCUUCUUCUCUCGGCGUCGCAGCCUGCGCCGUGCCCGAACCCCAUUGGCGAUCACUUGCUUCUGAGAUUCUUCAAGAACAAAGUGGACUACUGCCGAAUCCACGGCUACGAUAUAUUCUACAACAAUGCACUGCUGCACCCGGAAAUGUUCUCGUACUGGGCGAAGCUGCCGGUGGUUCGAGCUGCGAUGAUAGCUCACCCAGAGGCCGAGUGGAUUUGGUGGGUGGACUCGGACGCUCUGUUCACCGACAUGGAAUUCAAACUCCCACUGGAUCGAUACAAAAACCACAACUUUGUCGCCCACGGCUGGGCCCACCUGAUUUACGAUCGGAAAAGCUGGACGGCGCUCAACGCCGGCGUGUUUCUGAUCAGAAAUUGCCAGUGGUCCAUGGACUUCAUGGACGUGUGGGCCAGCAUGGGCCCACAAACCCCAAAUUACGAGAAGUGGGGCCAGGUCCUCAAAUCGACGAUUCCAGACAAGCAGUUCCCAGAGUCGGACGAUCAGACGGGCCUGGUUUAUCUACUGUACAAGGAGAAAGAGAAAUGGGGGGACAAGAUUUAUUUAGAAGGGGAGUAUUACUUCGAAGGGUACUGGGCGGAGAUUGUGGGAACUUUUGAUAACAUCACCGAGAGGUACACGGAGAUGGAGAGAGAGGCUGGGGAGCUGCGGCGGCGGCACGCAGAGAAGGUGAGCGAGCAAUACGGUGCGUUUAGGGAGAAGUAUUUGAGAGAUGCAGGAAGUGGGAAAGGGGGUUGGAGAAGGCCUUUUAUCACCCACUUCACGGGGUGUCAGCCUUGCAGUGGGAAUCACAAUCAGAUGUAUUCUGGUAGUUCCUGUUGGGAUGGAAUGCUUAAAGCUUUGAACUUUGCUGAUAAUCAGGUGCUUAGAAAGUACGGUUUCAGGCACUUGGAUGCUCUGAAUCUCUCCGUCUCUGAACUACCAUACGAUUAUCCGGCCUAGAUUAUUAUAUGUAGAGACAACAUUAGAGCGUUUUGAAGUAAUAAAAUUAUGAUCUUUUUAGUGA